GUCACGUGGUGCAUAAACAUUGCAGUUCAACAACUCCCGCCAUACUGUAAUAAAUUGGAAAACCACAUAGGAAAUCAUUGGAAAAUACUGAGUAUAACCUUUAUGGUUCAGCAAAACACUCUCGAUGUCUUCCUAGAGGGACGCUAGUAUCCAUGCAAUUAAAAUUACGUCUUCAUCAAAUAGAGAACAACUUUGAGACAUUAAGACCCGAUUGUUACUCAGUUGGACUCAUCAAGUGAUUUUGUAAAAUUCCCCUGCGUGUAGAUUUAGAAAACUUCUAUUCAGACCUAUUAUAUAACUACAAAGUGAUACUGAAAACUGCAUACUUAUAAUGCCAGUUCCGACAUUUCUAAAGAAGUUUGGAAUAUUAGAACGCUGUGGAAUAGGAAGUAGCGAAAAACCAGCAGUUAAAGAAAAAAAGGAAAAAGAACCUGCAGGCCGUGCACAAUGGUCAUCACAGACAGAAUUUCUACUGACCUGUAUAGGGUACUCUGUAGGCCUGGGAAACGUAUGGAGGUUUCCAUAUCUCUGUUACAAAAAUGGGGGAGGAGCCUUCCUACUGCCUUAUAUGCUGAUGAUGGUUGUCAUUGGAUUCCCGCUAUUGUUCAUGGAGUAUAGCUUUGGGCAAUACUUUGGAGUUGGUUCUCUUACUAUAUAUAAGAAAGUAUGCCCUCUGUUCAAAGGAGUUGGCAUCAGUUACUGUGUUAUCAAUGCAUUUGUUUGCAUCUACUAUAAUGUGAUCAUUGCGCUAUCACUCUACUACCUCUUUGGUUCAUUCACUUCACUCAUGCCAUGGACUCAUUGUAAUAAUGCGUGGAACACUGAGAUGUGCUUGGAUGCACAUGGUAUGAGCAAGGUGGUGCAGGAUCUAAUAGGAAUAAAUAAUACCUCUAACAGUACAGUAGAAGGUACUACAACUACUAUACAGACUUUGGUUGAUGUGAAUGGAAUAGGAAGUAGUUAUAACAUUAGUGGAGACUACAACAUGACAAGCCUCAACAUGACAAGUGCUCUGAGUCUCAACAAGUCUGCAAGAACAUCUCCAACGGAGGAAUACUGGAAGUAUAAGCUGUUGAAUGUGAAUGAGACCAUCCAUGGCAUUGACAAUAUUGGGAAUGUCAGGUGGCAUGUCUGCCUCUGUCUUCUCCUGGCCUGGAUUCUUGUGGUUCUCAUUGUAUGUAAGGGCAUCAAAUCUUCAGGAAAGGUUGUGUACUUCACUGCAACAUUUCCCUACCUUAUGUUAACCGUACUUGUAGUACGAGGUGUGACGUUAGAGGGAGCCACUGAUGGAAUUUUAUAUUUCGUCACUCCCGUCUGGAGUAAAUUAGCAUCGCCAGAGGUCUGGUUUGCGGCUGCCACCCAAUUAUUCUAUGCCACUAACAUAGCUUGGGGUGGUAUGUUAACGAUGGCCAGUUAUAACACAUUCCAUCACAACUGCUUCAGGGAUGCUAUUAUAAUUAACCUGGUCAGUUUCUUCACCAGUCUCUACGCUGGAUUUGCCGUCUUCUCUGUGAUUGGCUACAUGGCACAUGAGAAUGGCCAGGCAGUUGAGGACGUCAUCAAGUCAGGGCCUGGUUUAGCCUUCAUUGUGUACCCCGAGGCUUUAGGUCUGAUGCCGCUAGCACCCAUGUGGUCUGCGCUCUUCUUCUUCAUGCUCUUCCUACUUGGAAUUGGAAGUCAGAUGGUUGACUUUGAAACUGUAAUGACGGGGCUAUGUGACGAAUUUCCAGUCCUGAACCAGACCCCACUUAGACGAUUCCUCACUGCCUGUAUCCUCGCCACCAUUUUCUUUUGCUUUGGUGUGACCUGCGUUACACAGGGAGGCAUGUACGUUCUGCAGCUCAUGGACUGGUACGCUGCUGGAUUCUGCGUCCUUGUUGUGGCUGUCUGCGAGUGUCUCAUCAUCAACUGGUUCUAUGGCAAUGAGAAGUUUGCUGGGAACAUUAAAGAGAUGUUGGGAGAUAAGCCUGGUUGGUGGUGGAGGAUUUGCUGGAAGGUCAUCUCUCCUGUUGUCAUUGUAGCUAUCCUGAUAUUCAGCUUUGUAAAGUACUCUGGUGCAAAGUAUGGUGAAUACAUCUACCCAGGAUGGGCUGAUGGCAUUGGCUGGUGUAUGGGCCUGGCCUCUAUUGUGCCCAUUGGUGUAGUUGCUCUCUACACACUGCUUACGGCUGAUGCGCCAACAUUAAAAGAGAAAUAUAUUCUUGUGACAACACCAGACAAGUCUAUAUUUGAAAACCGUGACAAGGCAUCAGAUAAUGGCAGUGAAGACUCAGAACAGUUGUCUCCUAAUUCCCCUGAAUUGAAGCAAACCCCGACCACAGGGGACUCUAUGCUUAUGGAUGACAGCAUAGCGGUGCAAGAAAAGCUUAUAAACAAAACCAACAGUACUAAACAUUUUGAUGACAUUGAUGAUGCUAAAGUAUAACACCGGUGCCCCUUGGACUAGUCAUAUUGGAUAAUUGUUUUAUAGUGAAAGAAUUCAAUUUGACUGGUCCACAUGUUAUCCUAGCAGCCCAAUUCAUCUUCAUAAUGUUCAAAAUGGCGUCAUUGGAGGAUGAAAGUGUGGUUCGUUUCUCCACGGUUUUGGAUUAGUAUGCAUCUCAAACACCUUUAAAUAAGCUUUGGGGUGAAUUGCAAAUGAUGGAUAUGGAUAGCAUGGAGGGAUUGGAGGCUCCACGCCUUGAAAUGAGUCCAUAAUGGCCGACAAGACCCCCAUGUAAACCUUUCUAGGCCUGUUUAGGUCCAAGGUUGGGUCUUCUAUGUAGGUAAAGCCCAGUGACCCAUUAGGGCCGGAACUGGUCUCAUCCGCCUCCAAUAUAAAAAACUAUGAGCACUCGCAAUGCAAUUCUGGUCAUAUGCAGUUUUCACACAUGAAGUUCACCAAUUGUGUGGUAGUUCACAAUUGUAAUGUGAAACUACGCAAUAGUGUGUGAUGUACCUGCCUAAAACACAAUACUGAGUGUGUUGUUAUAUAUAAAAAGUGUGUAGGUAGGAUACCACUCACACAGUUGCCAUAGAUAUAUAUAUAUAUAUCAAGUGAAAACACAAUAAAAUGAGUCACUUAUAUUGGCAGUCAGUGAAUUGCUACCAAAGUUAAUUAAGGAAAUAGUUAAGUUUAGUUCCGGGAUUUAUUUGGGAAUAUUCUAUUGUAUUAAAACACACUUAGACAAAUUUGCUCAUUAUUGGACGUAUUAAAGUCAUGUUAUCCCAAAGUAUUGUGGAUUGGUAAAAGGCAGCUUCUGAGGCCACCAAAUCUACAUUAAGAGGCUUAAGUCCACAUCUUCCAUCAGUGAAACAAACAAACAAACAAACAAACAUUUUGGUAUAUAUACAUUUAUAAUUACCUGUUAGUGUUUUAAGAAUUCUUGAAUUCUGAGAUUUGUGUUGCUUGCCUUUUCUUGUGGAUUAGACAGCCUCAGAUUUGUACAUAGUUUCAACUUAACAUGUUCACAACAUGUUAUUAUUGAAUUACACGGGCACUUAUAAUGGUGUCUGUAAAUUAUUAUUCACAGCUGCUCUAUAAAUAUGGCUUGCUUUGAUGUAUCUCUUGUGAAUAUAUGAACCUUUAUCCUGUCUUUUCUUUAUGCUUAUUUUGCAUCUUCUCUAUUUAAAGUGAGCUCACGGGUUAUAAAGGGAAAAUAUAAGAAUAGAGGCAUAUGUACAUCAACCACUGCCAAACCUUGGUCACAUUAAUAUGGAAAUCACUGGCUGGAUAAAAAUGUCAUGAAUUUCUCGAUAAUAUACUUCAAGUUUACAUGUCUAUGAGUAUCCUCUGUUCUUAGCAAAGGUCACAUUUGAAUAGGGAGGUAUUUCUGAAUGUGGCAAUUCUAGAGGACUCUGGUCUCUAUAUAUGUUAUAUAUAUAUAUAGGCGGGUACGGUUGCGGGUGAAUGCUGUUAAGACAGUGCUCUACCUCAGAGAAAUGAAGGCAGGGCACUGUGAGAAAUAUAUCAGUUGAAGCCACCAUCCUGCAACUGCUAAGUUCUAGUAGUAGUGCUCGCUAUAUCAUUCUAGUACACCCUUACUUAGCAUUUAAACACAAAGGUACACCAUGUCCAGAAAUUAAAGUGAAUCUCAAUCAGUUUUUCCCUUUCCUUUUAUCACUCCGUUGUGAUUUGCCUUCAACGUGACUGUGGUUUUGAGUUUCUAUGUUUUUACAUCUCUUUGAAUUUCCCAUGAAAUAACUUGUGAGCAAACUUCUUUGUUUUUGUUAGUGUAGUGUAAUCUCAAAUCUCUGCUUGUUGGUAUUUUAUACCCUGCAGUAUAUA